UCCAUUUUUAUUUUGGUAAAUGUCCUCUAGUAUAUUCAAUCUCUGCCUUUUUUUUUUGUUUGCAGAAGUUUCACAUUUUAUUUUUGUAAUUUACAUUUAUUCACUUUCAAAUAUGAAAAAACUAGUUACUAAGAUUCCAAUGAAGGUGGUACAGAUAGCUACUUUCAUAUUUAUUUUUUCUCUUAAAUAUAUUUGAAAUAUGAAUUUUGUAGAAAUCCACAACCUGUGAAAUUGUACCCAAUGAUAUUAUGUUGUUUCUCUGUCUCUCACAAGCACAUUUGAUUUGGAGGAGAAGGAUUAGCUUGAGUUGUGUAACUAUAAAAUGGAGAAUGUGAAGCGCGCAAGAAAACAUUCUGAUUCUUAUUUAUCAGCUUCGUCGUCCUCUGAUUCUUCUCUCGAACUAAGUACUCAUCCAAAGGAAGACAAUGCUGCGACUCCAGCAGCCUUGUCUUCCCCUGAUGUUUCAGCUUCUCAGGCACCUCAAUGGAGCAUGAUAAGUUCAUCUCCGCAUGAAGAAACAGGAAAUCCGUUAUUUGCGCAGCCAAUAAAAUCCCCUCCUCCGUCUAUAGAUCAUCCUCCAGGUUAUGAUCCUAAUCGUAUUCCAAAAUCCAUAUUUUCGAGCAAACCUACGACCACAGACUGGAGUAGUGCUUCAAAUGAGUCAUUGUUUAGCAUUCAGAUGGGAGCCAGUAGCUUCUCUACAGAUUACAUGUUACCUAAAUCAGGAGAAGUACAACCUGAGGAGUGGAAAAAUUCAACAGUCAAUCCAUCUGAAAUUAAAUCCAACGAAAAUAAGAGCUUAUCUUCACCUUCUCCCCACCCUCUUAUGGAAGAUAACAACGAUGGGAAAAGUACAAGACCUUUCGAAUUAGGUCCUGGUAUAAACCUUAAAGAGGAAAAAAUUAUGAAUAAUAAUAUCAUACAAAAAGCACCUACAAAUAUCGAGCCUACCUUCAACAAGUCUGAUGAUAGAGUUAAUCCUCCAAUUGAAGAAACUCAUAUUUCGUCACCUGUUCAUGCUUCUUCACCUUGCUACUCCGAGGCGAGUGGAAAUAGCAGCAAAUCAUUUGUUUUCCCAGUACUAGUAAAUGAUGGUGGGAAAAGCAACUCGCUGAAAAGUGCAUCUGAAAAAGUAGAAAAAUCUGAGCCUCAACCUCAACCAGAGUUCCAACCUGAUAUACAACAACUACAAAAACAAUCAGAAUCACUGCCUAAAGUAGCUGAGAAAAGUUGGUGUUCAUGUUUGACUUGUUGGCCUCGCUGUUGUUGAUAUAUAUAUGUAUAUGUACACACAAACAUAUAUGGUUCUCUGUCGAGCAUGCAAUGACUUAAUGAGAGGAACUGAAAAUUAGGAUUAUCUUCGUGGGUGAAUCUUGAAUUAUCUUUCGGCACCAAACAGGCCUAGCCAGUUGCAUCACAUGAAUGAAGUAUGCUUUUUUGACCUCAUCAAGACAGGUACAUUUCAUUUGGCCUGAGUAUCCACAACAAGGACGUGAUCGGGUCAUUUUGAGGACGAAAUCCUCAAUUGUCUGCAGGCAGAUGGAGCAACACCACAACUUUGCUAAUUGAAUCUAUCAUUAUUUUUAUAACUUGCCGUUGCUGUAAAACACCAAGCUGAACCUAUUACUAAUUCUUCCUUUGUAUUGUGCCCGCCACUAUAUAAAAAUGAUCUUUAGCGGCGAUUUAUUAGUUCAAUUGUCGUUAAAUAUGUAUUUUUUAGCGGCAA